GUUCAAAUCCAAGCAAGCGCUACCGAAGCAAGCCAAACAAAGCAAACGCAAACGAAGCAAACGAGACAAAUCUCUCCAAACCGCAUCCUGCAAGCAAGGACAUUCUUGUACCAACAAGUGGUUAACAAUCGUUUUUCGUGAAAAGUGAAGAGUUAAACUCCAGUGAAAAUAUGUCGAUCGUACCGAUUUUCUUCCGUAACUGGUGGGAGGAUGAGUGGGACCGUCCGCUGUGGAAUUCUCGCCUGCUGGAUCAACACUUUGGCGGAGGUGUAACGGCCGAUGAUCUUCUGAACGUGCUCUCUACGGUGGCCGAUUCCCAGAACCGCAGAUUGCAGCAGUCGCAGCAGCAUCGUCAUCAUCCUUCAGGACGCUACAUUCGCCCGUGGCACAGCUCCUGUGUGGCCAAUAAGCGGGACAGCGGCUCGACGGUGAAUGUGACCAACGAUAAGUUCCAAAUCAAUCUGGAUGUGCAGCAGUUCGCCCCGGAGGAGAUCUCGGUGAAAUACGUGGACAAAAGCCUGGUGGUGGAAGGAAAGCAUGAGGAGAAGCAGGACGAGCAUGGAUACAUUUCGCGCCACUUUGUACGCCGCUACACGCUGCCGGUUGGGCACAACGAGAACCAGAUCGAAUCCUCGCUUUCGUCGGACGGCAUCCUGACCAUCACAUGUCCUCGUCUGGCCAUCGAACAGAAACCGGAGAAAUCGAUCCCAAUUACCCAAACUGGACAGCCACUGAGGGUGGCUGCACCGGACAAAGAAUCUAAUGAAAAUCGUUCAGCUAAACCAAAGGAAGGAGACAAGAUGGAAUCGUAAUCCCUUUUGCAUUAGAAGAAAAUACCUUUUUUUGUGUCAAGACUGCUCAUUUAAUUUAAUAAUAAAAUAUCCAUUUCAAGACAAGUAA